UAAAUAGCAUCUUGAAAAAUAAUUUUGGAAUGUACUCUCCAAGAAAUGUUGAUUUAUAAGCUAAUAUGUGACAAUUAGACAGGUCAAAAGAUGUCUGGCAGUUUAGGAGUUGUUGCUUUUGAAGCAGAACUGAAUGGAAUUGUACAAGAGUACCUGGAUUUUGUCAGCUAUGAUAGGACCCUUCAAUCAUUCAAGGAUGAAUGCAUGCAAAAUGGGAAGCCUAUUGCUAAGUCAGAUGCCAAGCCAAAGUCGGAUCAGAAACUUCUAGCUUUACAGAAUGAACUAGUCCAAUUAUUCCAAUAUGGAGAAAGAGACAAAUUCUUUAAACUGUGGGAUGAACAUUUAUCGGAAGAACUCCGUAACAGUGAUUCCACUGCACAGAAGUUGGAGUUUUAUUUAAAUAUUUAUUUUGCCAUAUAUCCCUAUAAGAUGGGAAACAGUACCAAGGCGGAUAUUGAGGACUCUAUGGGCUACUUUAAGCAGUAUAUAGAGUCAAGAGGAGCCAAUCUCAGUCAAACUACAGAGUUCUUACCAUUCUAUGCCUUACCCUUUGUGCCUAAUCCACAAAACCAUCCAACCUAUAAAGAACUUUUCUCAGAAGCCUGGGUACCUGAUAUACAGAUCCGAUUGGAAAAGUUCCUAACUCUUGCAUUGCAAUCCACAGCACAGCCACGUCUCUUUGAUCUAUAUAAAGGGACAAAUAAAGAGAUGCAGAAGCAAAUGGCUCAGAUGCAGCAACAGAUUGUAGAUGCAGAAAAGAAGACAAUGACAUAUAUGAAACGAUACAACAGGGUACAGGCUGACUAUCACAACCUUAUUGGUAUAACUGCAGACUUGGUUGAUACUCUUGAAGAAACCGUGAAAGGAAAAGUAGAUCUAUAUAAGGCAGUAACACCAGAGUAUCUACAGGCAAUAUGUCAAAGAUUAUUUAGUAACCAGGUCAGGGCCACUAUGGACUUCACACGUCCUGGAACUGCCGCAGAUGUCCUGCGAGCCUCCAUGGCAACAGCACCAAAGAGGGAGGAACCCACCCCACUUGCCUCCAUUAAUGUUGUCCCCACAUUGGACUAUGAGAGGAUUAAACAAGACCUCAUCAAUGCUGAUGAACGAAGACAGUGUCUCUUAUUACAAGCUUUACGAUGGAAACUCACAAGAUCUGCUCCAGCAGAGAGAGAUGUCAUCAUGCAAGAUUUCAUCAGUAAUGAUAUAAUGGGCUGCGUGAAUGCAAAUCUCUACAGGUUGGAGUUUUUAAAGCUGUUGCAGUCUCCUAACGAAAUAGUUCAACAAUACACAGCCAGACUGAUCAAUGCGUUUGCGUCACUGUGUGAUGGAAGAAGUUAUAUCUCUGAGAGUGCAGACCAUCUUGAGGCUCUUACUGAGAACCUUUGUUCAGAUGAGAAAGACUCCAUAACAAGAGAGAAUGUCCUCGGUGCUCUACAAAAACUCAGUUUAAGGAGAAAUCUUCAAAGCCAGAUGAUAGACAAUGGGAUCAUUCCCUGGUUGGUUUCUGUUUUGGAAGAUAAUGACUCACUGUCAGACUACACCCUGGAGUACUCAGUUGCCUUACUGAUGAACCUCUGUCUCAGGAAUGCAGGCAAGAGAAAGUGUAUACCCAUUGCCCAUCAAGUGUUGAAGGUGCUAAGUGAUCUUAUGGGACAUGAGAACCAAGAGAUCAUACCAUAUGUGAAUGGAGCCCUCUAUAGUAUACUUGCCAUACCCUCAAUCAGAGAGGAAGCCAAAGCUAUGGAUAUGGAAGAUUUGCUGAAGAUGUUCAUAAGAGAUGGCCAGCCAGAUAUGAAUCGUCAGAUAGAAUUCAUCAUAAAGCAGCUUAACUCAGAUGAAGAGCCUGAUGAUGGUGAGUCAGAUGAAGAAGAUGAGGAUGAAGAUGAAGAAGAUCAAGAUGCCAUGGAGGCAGACCUUGACAAGGCAGAGGUGCUAAGACCCCAGCCUGGAGAACUGCUUGGUGAUAAACUUCUCACAACCCAGUACUCUAAUAAACCAUCAACCAAUAAUAAUAACAAUCUACAAAAUGGAGGCAUUCCAAGAAAGAAAAAGUCAUCUCUCCAAGCAGACCAGGACUUGCUCACAAGACCAAUAACUCCGCAAUCCCGUAAAGGUGGUCCAGCCUUACAACCCAAGGAUAUUCCAAAAUCAAGUGGGGACUUCAGUAGAUCAGUAUCCCAGUCAUCAAGGCCUUAUACCAGUGACAGACCUCCAACAAGGAGUGGCAGUCGACCUGGAACACAGGACUCAUUUAGAGAGCCUCCACCCAGAAAGACUGAUGCUAAAGGAUCAGCCACUGUAUCGAAGGCCCUUGGUCAGAAUGUGAAGCUUGCAGAGCCCCAGGCCAACAGUGGAGUGAGACCAUCAAGUAAAGCUAAGGGACCAGGAGGUGAAGAAUACACUGCAGCCUUCAGUGCUAGGCCUAAAGUUCCCAGGACACCUGAUCCCAAUGCUAGACCUGGCAGUAGAGGGACCAUGAGUCCUGCCCCUAAGCCUCAAUAUUCCGAGUCCCUUCCUUCAUCCAGGCCUGGAACAGGACAGAAAGCACACAGUUCCCGAAGUGGAUCAGGAGGUACACCCUCGUUGCGAUCAGGGCCCAGCACACCAAAGAAAUCUAGUUCAAGAACUGGGUCAGGCGGAGCAAAUCAGCAAAGUAACCGUCCAACAUCGAGAAAUUAAUCAUUUACAGUACUAUAUCUGUAUAAUGCAGUGUCUGUAUGUAGUGUCCGGAUCAAAUACAUACCAGGAAUCACAUAAUUGGAUUUACUUCAAUUCUCUAAAGGCAUCCUUACCAGUCAGUUAUAUGGAUUACUUCUUAUAGACUUACCAACUUCCCAUAUUUCUGUAUGUAGGAUCAAUGUGCCCUUAACUCUGAAAACCAAGUGGCAAAAUAUGUCAUUAAUAUGGCUUUCAAUCAACCAUAUUCAUCAUUUCCCAGUUUUUGGAUCUACUAAUUUGGGAAAAUAGCAGAUAUUUUGGAUGUACUCCUUGAACUAGAUAUUUCACAUUUUGGAUUUACUCAACCAAGCAAUUUGGUCGGCUAUUUCUUUCAUUGAUGGAUAUGCUCAACUCAAUAUUUUUUCAGGUUUUCAACAUAUCAGAUUUACACAAAUUAGUCGAUAUUUUGGAUAUACAUGUACAUAAUGGAAUUCCUUUGUGAGGUUAUUUGGAUAUACUCAACUCAAUUUCUUGGAUUUACUCAACUUAAUUUCUUGGAUAUACUCAACUUAAUUUCUUGGAUAUAAUCAACUUAAUUUCUUUGAUAUACUCAACUUAAUUUC